CUCCGCCAUUUUAUUUCUAAAACAAUGGGAACAUAGUAAAUUUAUUAUGACGCGCGAAGCUAGUCUCGUAUUGGCAAGCAGUUUAUGCGUUUCUUUCAGUUACUUUAAGACAGAAGAAUGCCUGGGAUUUGCAUUGUUCCACGUAAUUUUAUUUGUUACCUCUUUUAUUCCUGACUUCCAUCUGCUCACUGGACUACAGAGCUUUUGCUUCAGGUCAUCUUCCGAACCUGGUCUUGAGUUGGGCUCAGUUCUUGUUCCUAUGGUCUUAAAAAGUAUGAUCAGUAAAGAACGCCUGGGAAAUAGUUCUGCACAAUCAGAUUUUAAAAGUGAAAUAACAGCUUACCUUCUAUCAAGCCAAGUGAUGAGUAUGGCCACUGUCAGUGUUCUUCUCCUUCUUGACAAAUCUCGAAGAAUUUUUUCAUGGACUCUACUCUGUGUGCUUUCUGUUGCCAUAGCAAUAACAAUCAAUCAACAUGGCGACAUCACACUCCCUGUUGUGUGUCUAUUACUCUACCUGUGUACUUUGGCAUUUAUGUUAUGGAUCUUUCCCAAGACUUUUACUCUUGGAGAAGCCAUGAUUAUAGCACAGACUUUCGUCCUUUUUUCUGUUGACUCCUGGUUUACAUUAAGAGGAAAACUUCAUUACAUCAUGCCCAGUGUGGGUUAUCUAACAUCGGUCACUAGAAGUGUAUUUACAGUCUGGCUACAGAUACUUGUGUUUGGGUCAGCAUUAACGGGGUACUUUUUACUUCCAGUCUUUUACUACCUAACGACUAUCAGUGACCAGUUUGAGCUUUGGGUUGGAGUGAUAGCGUUUUAUGUGGUCAUCCUCUUGGUGUUCAUGGCCAUCCUCUUGCCCUGGAGCAUGCUCAUGUUAGGUGGCCAGAAUCCUAUUGGUUGGAUGAUGCAAUUUGUCAUCUACAGCAAGACCAGGAAAUACCUCACUCUAUACUGGUUGGUGGUAGUGAUGCUUUCAAUAUGUGUCGUCAUUUGGAGAAACAGUUCUAUUGACAAGCUGCAACCUCGAACAGUGGUGCGCAAAUACUUUCACCUUCUCUCUAUUGCUAUUUUUCUCCCUGGAGUGAUCUGGGAGCCAAGUCUGACUCACAUCGCAUCAGGCGCCGCCUUCGCUGCCUUUGUAUUUUUAGAGUUUGUUCGUAUGGCCCGAGUUCCACCACUUGGCGACGUACUACACGACUCUCUGUCCGUCUUCUUGGAUGAGAAGGACGCCGGCCCCGUCAUACUGACGCACAUAUACCUCUUAGUAGGAUGCAGUUUACCACUUUGGCUGUGCGGAAUACCUGUGGAUUCGAGACACAGGCUUCCCGUCUAUUCUGGGUUGCUAUCUCUGGGUGUUGGCGACACGGUUGCGUCUGUUGUAGGCAAGAAGUACGGACGUCACACAUGGCCAGGAUCUGAAAAAACUAUGGAAGGGACAUUGGCAGGUCUAACCGCUCAGCUCCUGUGCGUUUUGGUCCUCUGCAGUACAGGUGUGUUGACGAUACCGCUGACUAAAUGGUCGGUCGUGUUCGCGGGCCUAUUAGUCACGUCGCUACUUGAAGCCUGGACGUCCCAAGUAGAUAACCUUGUUCUUCCUGCCUUCCUUUAUUCUCUUCUCUCCGCUGUUUGGUAGUUGGGAGCGGCAGAGGAAGCAGAAUUCGUUCGCUACAUUUUGGCAGGUCGGUCUGCCUGUGGUAGAGCAAGCCGCCUGGAAGGAGACUGGAGCUGGACACGCAACUGUGCUUAGACGCGUAGCAAUGAUUCGCAAGGGGAGGUCAGGGGCGUAUGCAGGGUUUUAACAAGUUGCAGUCACAGCAUUCAGAAUCUGGAAGAGGACGUGGCUCCUUAAACCGCAUCCCGCGAAAAUCUCGCAACUCGCGCUUUUGGAAAUUGGCGGCAAUGCAUCAGAGAAUAUUACAAACAAAAAGCGUAAUACGGUUUGAGUAACGUUUUAUUAGCACCAGACUACAAAACUUGCUUAAUAGAUAUCAUCCACCAGGCGGGAUUCGCAUAGACAUUACAAGCGAAGUAACUGUGAUCUUGCACGUUGCUGAAAACGAGUUGGCAACGAUGCCGAGCGAUUUCUUUUAAUCGCUGUUCUCGCGAUUAGCGUUGUACGUGUUCCCGAGGUAUUCAUUUAAAACAAUAAUUCCAGUCGCCUGUUUCCAGAUGCAGCAAACUCGUUUACUAUGUCAUUGGCAUCAAGGGAAAUCGAGUGCUUGUGGACGUGCAUGAGGGCCAAUCCGCUGAGACGAUCCUCUGUCAUCGUCGAUCUGAGAUAGGACUUCAGUCGUCGCAUGGCACUGAACGACCUCUCUGGUGUUGAUGUCGUUAUUGGCAGAGUUAGGAUGACUGUGAAUGCUCGUGACAGGUUAGGAUCUUCGUGUCGUCGGCAAUGAGGGAGAGUUUCAACAACAGUUGUUGGAGGCUCAUCCACUCUCUCCCAUCGCGCUUUCCAUCGCAAGCAUUCCGUCUCUUGCAUUCCCCGAACAUCCUCCGGUAUGUCAGACUCGUAUGCUUCUAGCAAUUUAGAUGCGGGCAUUGUAUCGUGCUUUGAAGGCCGUCGGGAGAGAGUGUUUCACAACAGUAUACUGAUUCGUGUUCCCGGCAAAUACCUUAAACGGAAAAAUGUCAAUGGCAGAUUAAGACAAUCAUGAUCGUUACUUCUUCAAA